UUCAUCAAUCUUUUCCCACUUGUGUAUCGUUUCGGAACAUAGACAUGCCAUAUUGAGACUUGAAAAUGGCUGGUGCCGAAAGUGAAUAUGUGCUGUAUCAACGGGGCCAAGAAGGUGAAUCAGAUGCAUGGGACGAUACUGUUUUAAUCAAAGCAUAUGACAAUGCAGUGUCUGCUGUUAAGGCUAAACUUGCUGAACAGCACCCAGAGCUAUCUGCUACACAAGCAAACAUCAAGCCUAAGAAGAAGAAGAAAAGCAAAGCUAAAACUAAAAAGAAACAUAAGCAUCAUGGUGGUGUGAGGUGGAAUGUGGGAGAUCUGUGUCAAGCUGUGUACUCGGUUGAUGGAGAAGUAUAUGAAGCUCGCAUUCUGUCUAUUGAUGAAGAUAAAAGAAGGUGUACACUACAGUAUGUAGAUUAUGGCAAUGAGGAGGAGCAGCUUUUGUCAAACCUGAUAGCACCAGAGAGUGGGGGUUCAUCACAAGAACAGAAGACAGAUACAGCUAGUGAGACUGAAAGCUUGAGUCGGGUUCCUACUGUUCAUGAAACAAAUUUUGGUAAGCAAAAAAUGAAAAAAUCAUUCAAUUAUCACACAGCUCAUAAUGUGCAACAUGCCCCUAAAUGGCCAUGGAAUGGCUAUUCACAAGCUCCAUCAUUUGGACCUAUGACAGCACCACCACCAGCUUUUCCCCCGUUCCAGCCCCCUCCAAAUUACCCAGGUUACCAAGCAUCAGGACCUUCUACAACCCCACACUUGUUCCCAUGUGUCCCACCACCACCUCCACUGUUCUCAGAACCAGGUCCACAUGAUGAGAAUGAGGCAUUAUACAGUAUGUUGAUAUCCUGGUACAUGAGUGGAUAUCACACAGGCUAUUACCAGGGUUUGAAGCAAUCAUCAGCCAAUUCUGCAGCAGCGGCAGGUCAUAGAUUCCACAGAUGAUAGUACAAAGUCCACCCCUUCUGAAUGUGAUUCUGUACAAGUUGUUGAUGCUUACUGGGGGAUGUUUCUUGCCUAGCAGCACCUCAAACUACAUGCAUUGUUCAAAACAUGUUUGCACUCACCAGAUAGCUUGGGUGUCCAUGCAUACAUUUUCAAAAUAUCUUUUUGAUCACAUUUAUUGUUUUAAUUUUAUGUAUUAAAGUUUUUUUCAUAGCCUUGCAACA